GUCCAGGCAAACUGUUCUUUAUUUAGAUCCGUUACUGUAUAGGACCCACAGAAUGUAAACAAAAGCAGCUCAGAACUUGUGGAAGAAUGUUGUGGGAUGGAUAAACAACAACAAAACUCUAGUAUGGCCUCUAAUGACCCUGCUGAGCUCUCUGGUGAACCCCACCCUGGAGACCUCAUUGAGAUCUUCAGACCGGCCUAUCAGCAUUGGGCACUCUACCUGGGCGAUGGUUAUAUCAUCAACUUAACUCCUGUUGAUGAGAGACAAGCGGCUGCCAUGUCCAGCGUGAAGUCCGUCUUCAGCCGGAAGGCGGUGGUGCGCAUGCAAUUGCUGAAGGAUGUAGUGGGAAGCGACUCGUACCGUGUCAACAACAAAUACGACCACAACCAUACGCCUUUGCCCAUCUAUGAGAUCAUCCAGCGAGCACAAGUCCUGAUUGGCCAGGAGGUGUCCUAUGACCUCCUGGGAAGUAACUGCGAGCACUUUGUCACCUUGCUGCGCUACGGGGAGGGAGUAUCUGAACAGGCUACAAGGGCCAUUGGGGCCAUCAGUUUGGUCACGGCAGCAGCAAGUGCCUUCUCUGUCCUUGGACUAAUUAACACUCGAUCCAGAAACAGGCCCUUCUGACAGCUCCUGCAGACUUGGUUUAGUUCAAGAUAUCUGCUAUUGAAAGUUAGUGGCCAUGAUGGGUUUGUUGGAAAAUGGAAUCAUGAAUAAAAAGAAACAUAUCAUAUUACAGUGGUGCUUGUGAAAUCUUUUAAACCAAGUGUGGGGGUGAAUUUGUUAUUAUUCUGUUAUACACCUUUUUAAAGUAGCUUUUGGGGGCAAGUAUCUUAUCUCUGAAGAGUUGGGCUGUGCAACUGAUGGGUCAUAGUUCGACUCCUGAUCAAGAUAAAUGUAAAACUAGUAGCUGGAGAGAUGGUAGUCCACUUCCUGACUACUGUAGUGGUGGUUUGUCCCAGCUGUCAACGGCAGGAGGCAGCGUACACCCUGAACUGGUCGCCAGCUAAUUGGAGGGCACAUGACAACAUGCAACUAUUCACACUCACAUGAAAACCUACAGGCCAUUUAGAGUUUUCAAUGAACCCACAAUGUAUCUUUUUGGGACAAAAACAGAGUACCUGGAAAAAAACCUACACAGGAAUAAGGAGAACAUGCAAACACCACACAGGGAUGGGUGGGUUUCAAACACCGGUCUUCAGGACUGUGAGAGAGAGGUGCUAACCAGUCAUUCAACUUUCUAGUAUGCAUGGGUAGAACUGUUCCUGUUGCACACUUCUGACAUCACACCAAGAUUGCCAUUGGGGCAUUCAAAAUGCGAUUCUUAACCAAUUGUUCUGAAACGGAUUGAGAUUAUUGUAAAUGACUGCCAGUUUCAUUUUCUUGAGCAAAAAUACAUAGAAUCGAUUUGUCAGGGAAAUAUGAACUAUUAAGACCACAUAUCCCCUUUAGGAAUUAUUUGUGGUGAUUGCUUUGUGUCUUGUUCUACUCUAAGAAAAAUCUCUAAUUUGAAAAAAAAAUCCUCUUUAGCAUUUUUUGGAUUGUCAGUUUAAUAGUAAAGCUAUGGUUACACGUUCCUUUGAUUGCAUCAAAGCAUGAAUCUUACCUUUUUUUCCUUCUAUUUACUGUUGAGGAGAGAAAGUUAAAAGGGAAAGCAUUUUGUGUGUGCAGAAUUUGUCUCCCUUGUGCUAAGUUAGUAAAUAUCUAAUACAACAGUAAAAGUAUGAUGAGUAAAAAUUAAUGAAUUAUACUUUGUGGCGACCCCUAACGGGAAAAGCCGAAAGAAAAAGAAGAAGUACUCAAGUACAUUUAAAUGUGCUCAAUCAAUCAAUCCCUUAUUUAUAUAGCAUAUUUCAUCCCUAAAAAGCUAUACAAAUUGCUUCAAAAGGCAAAUGAUAGUUUUGAAAGUGUUGACGCGAUCAGCG